AUGGUAGUAGAAUCCACCUCUCGGGGCGAGCGGGCCUUCGACAUCUACUCCCGCCUCCUGCGGGAGCGCAUCGUGUGCGUGAACGGGCCCAUCGAGGACACGAGCGCCAAUCUCAUCAUUGCCCAGCUCCUGUACUUGGAGUCGGAGCACCCCGAGAAGCCUAUCAGCAUGUACAUCAACUCCCCUGGGGGUGUGGUUACCGCAGGGCUGGCCAUCUACGACACCAUGCAGUACAUUCGCUGCCCCGUCGCCACGCUGGCGGUGGGCCAGGCAGCCUCCAUGGCGUCCCUCCUCCUGGCCUCUGGGGAGCCGGGGCACCGACGGAGCCUCCCACACAGCAGGGUCAUGCUGCACCAGCCCAGCGGCGGCGCGCAGGGUCAAGCCAGCGACAUCGCGAUCCAGGCCAAGGAGAUCCUGAAGAUGCGGUCCCUGCUCAACGACCUGUACGUCCAGCACACGGGCCAGACCCAGCCUCGCAUUGAGGAGUGCCUGGAGCGUGACUUCUUCAUGUCGGCCAAGGAGGCCCUGGACUUUGGGGUGGUGGACGAGGUGAUCCAGCCCAGGAUGCACACGCCGGCGGCGCCUUGA